AUGCAACAUACGAUCCCCGGCUACGAUGACCUAAUGGCAGCGAGUAUGAUUGAAAUCAGGGACGAUCAGGGGACCAAGAUCGAGUUUGGGAAGCUGAUCGAAGGUGGACUCGGGAAACGUUAUGUCGUCAUUUUCAUUCGACAUUGGUAUUGUCCGCUUUGUGCGCAAUAUACCGAAAGCAUCAUCCGGACAAUCGACCAGGAAUCGCUCGAUCGGGCCAAUGUCGAGUUGAUCAUCAUCGGAAACGGGUCGUACAAGAUGAUACCAGGUUACAGCAAGUCCCUCAAGUGUCCCUUCAAGAUGUAUACCGAUUCCAAGUUGCGACUGUACAAGGCGCUGGGGAUGACCAGGCAGACCGGCGAUGCAGGGGCCGAGGACGAAAAGGGAGACUAUGUGAGAAUGAGCAACCUAGAAGGUACCUGGCAGGUCGCCAAACGAGCCACCAAGAUGCCGCUUAAGAAACCAGGCCACUUCACGCAGAUCGGAGGAGAAUUCAUAUUUAGCGGGCCCACUGAAUGCACUUAUGCUCACAGGAUGAGUAAUACCCGGAACCACGCUCCCAUUCGUGAUAUCGUCGCCCUCGCUGGGGUCCAUCUUGACUUUUUCCAUGGCGAACGAGGUGAGUAUUGGCGUUCACUUUUCUAG